UGUCACAAAAAACUUUUAAGUAACGUUUUGAAUUUUGGGGCAUACCACGAUACAUAUGUAAAAAUAUGUUCAGAGUUUGCAAUAAGUUGAUAGCAAAUGCAAGUGACGUCUUCCAAAAAAUUCCGAAGAGAACCCAAAGCAAAAAUGUGACCGUUUUCAUAAACGGUAAGUCAGUGGAGGUGCCUAGUUACUUCACAGUGCUACAGGCAUUGAGAAGAGAACGAGUAACCGUGCCCACAUUUUGCUAUCACGACCGUUUGUCAAUUGCGGGAAAUUGUCGAAUGUGUCUUGUAGAAAUAGAGGGCGGAUUCAAACCGCAAAUCGCUUGCGCUACUCCUGUAUACAAAAACAUCAAGAUCCGCACAAACUCAAAAGUAGCUCUACAGGCUCAAGAAGGUGUACUAGAAUUUAUUUUAGCCGAUCAUCCUCUCGAUUGUCCGAUUUGCGACCAAGGGGGAGAAUGCGACUUACAAGAUUUGACCAUGAGAUUCGGUAACGACAGAACAAGGUUUACCGACAUACAUUUCCAAGGAAAGCGAGCCGUCGAGAACAAGAAUCUUUCGACGAUGAUACGCUCUGAGAUGACAAGAUGUAUCCAUUGUACUAGGUGCAUAAGGUUUGCCUCGCAGGUCUGCGGUAUGGACGUAUUAGGCACGACCGGUCGUGGAGGAGAAAUGCUCGUCGGGACUUAUGUGGAUAAAAAGUUUUUCUCAGAGCUAUCUGGAAAUAUUAUUGAUCUUUGUCCGGUUGGUGCUUUAACUGCAAUUCCGUACAUGUUCAAAGCAAGGCCAUGGGAGGUCAAGAGAGUGAACUCAAUUGAUGUCACCGAUGCGACGGGUACAAAUAUUAUUCUUAAUCAUCGGUUUAACAGGGUCCUAAGAGUUCUGCCUCGUGAAAACAAUGAAGUGAACCAGGAGUGGUUAUCGGACAAGGGACGUUGGGCUAUAGAUUCUCUGGAGAUGCAAAGAUUGGUUACGCCGAUGUGUCGGGAUGAGGAUGGCACUCUCGUUCCUAUUGAAUGGGACGUAGCUUUAAAAUUGGCUUGUAAACUAUUAAAAGAAGCAUCGUCAUGUCCUGACAGAAUUAUUGCUAUAGCCGGCCCACAUUGUAGCAUUGAAACAUUGGUUACUUGCAAAGAUCUUCUUAACGUGAUCGGCUGUGAGAACACAUACGUCGAGCGCUCUCUUGCCUACACAGGGUCACAAGCCGACUUUAGAUGGGCUUAUGGCCUUAACGUUAGUAUGAAGGAUAUUGCGAAAGCUGAUAAAAUAUUGCUUGUUGGCACUAAUCCUCGCUUCGAGGCGCCUAUCUUGAAUACAUGGAUAAGACAGGCUUAUAUGUUUAACGAGGCUGACAUUUAUGUGAUCGGACCGCAGUGCGAAUACAACUAUCACGUCGAGUACUUGGGUUCGGAUAUGAGGGCGAUGUCUUGUGCUAGGUCUAUAAUGAAAAAUGCGAAGACAAGUUUCGCGGGUGCAAUGGAGGUAGGCUGGAAACCCGGUGCGCUUGCAGCAUUGAACGAGCAAAAGCCGGUAUUAGUAAUAUCACUAGGAGCAGACGACACGUUCUACGAUUGGACAGCGCCGUUAGAUUGUGCUGUCCUCUACAUCGGAUUCCAGGGUGACCGGGGAGCUGAGAAUUCCUCUCUGAUUUUACCUGGAUGUGCGUAUACCGAAUCUGGAGGUACCUUUAUGAACAUGGAAGGUAGAGUACAGUUUGCGUUGCCCGCUGUGUCACCACCGGGCAAAGCUCGUCACGACUGGAAGAUACUCAGAGCGCUGGCCGAGUCGUAUAAUAUUCCUUUGUUUUAUAGCGACAUGGACACUCUAGCUUGUAGGUUGGGCGUCAUCAGUCCUAAUUUGGUGCAGUUUGAUAAGUUUCAGCCCAAAUUGUUUUCGGAUGUGGUGUGCUCAAUGAUCGAUGUUAAAAAGCCAUCGAAUGGAUGUGUAGAUGUUAAGAUGAAGACUAUAAAGGAUUACUAUUGCUCGGAUGUCUUUUCGUUUAAUUCACCAACAAUGGUGAAAGCCCAGAAAGCUGUUACUGAUUUCCACAACACUUCGCAAUAUGUCGCCAUUUAGUGAUGGCCAUGUUAUUAUUUAUUAAUUUAUUGUUAAAAUAAACUAUACCAUUAAAAAUAA